GGGCGCAGGCGUACUCGUAGCGUUCCCAUCCUACUUCCUCAGCCCUGCACCUCAGCGGGGUUUGGGUGGGUCUCCACAGCGGCGGUGAGUGACAGUGACUGCGUGAGACCCGGACGGAAAUGGUGAUGGCGAUGUCAGACAGUGGGGCGAGCCGCCUGCGGCGGCAGCUGGAGUCGGGCGGCUUUGAGGCGCGGCUGUACGUGAAGCAGCUCUCGCAGCAGUCGGACGGGGACCGGGACCUGCAGGAGCACCGGCAGCGCAUCCAGGCGCUGGCGGAGGAGACCGCACAGAACCUGAAGCGCAACGUCUACCAGAACUACCGGCAGUUCAUAGAGACGGCCCGCGAGAUCUCCUACCUGGAGAGCGAGAUGUACCAGCUCAGCCAUCUGCUGACCGAGCAGAAGAGCAGCCUGGAGAGCAUCCCGCUUACCCUGCUGCCCGCCGCCGCCGCCGCCGGGGCCGCCGCCGCCUCUGGAGGGGAGGAGGGAGGUGGCGGUGCCGGGGGCCGAGACCACCUCCGAAGCCAGACUGGCUUUUUUCCCACCCCUGGGGGCGCCUCCCGCGACAGUUCCGGUCCGGGCGAGGAAGGCAAGCAGCGCACUCUCACCACCCUGCUUGAGAAGGUGGAAGGCUGCAGGCACCUGCUGGAGACGCCGGGACAGUACCUGGUGUACAACGGGGACCUGGUGGAAUACGAGGCGGACCACAUGGCUCAACUGCAGCGGGUGCACGGCUUUCUGAUGAACGACUGUUUGUUGGUGGCCACCUGGCUGCCGCAGAGGCGGGGGAUGUAUCGCUACAACGCUCUCUAUCCCCUAGAUGGUUUGGCCGUAGUCAAUGUCAAGGACAACCCGCCCAUGAAGGACAUGUUCAAACUGCUAAUGUUCCCCGAGAGCCGAAUUUUUCAGGCAGAAAAUGCUAAAAUCAAACGAGAGUGGCUGGAAGUGCUAGAGGAAACCAAGAGAGCCCUCAGUGAAAAAAGACGAAGGGAGCAGGAGGAGGCAGCGGCCCCUCGAGGGCCACCCCAAGUGACUUCCAAGGCCAGUAACCCGUUUGAGGAUGAAGAAGAAGAAGAACCAGCUGUUCCUGAGGUAGAGGAAGAGAAGGUAGACCUCUCGAUGGAAUGGAUCCAAGAGUUACCUGAAGACCUGGAUGUCUGUAUUGCCCAGAGGGACUUUGAAGGGGCUGUUGACCUACUGGAUAAAUUGAACCAUUACCUGGAAGAUAAGCCCAGUCCACCUCCUGUAAAAGAGCUAAGGGCCAAAGUGGAUGAGCGUGUGCGACAACUCACUGAGGUGCUAGUGUUCGAACUCUCCCCAGAUCGUUCCCUGAGAGGUGGUCCCAAGGCUACUCGCAGGGCGGUUUCUCAACUGAUCCGUCUGGGCCAGUGCACGAAAGCUUGUGAGUUGUUUUUGAGAAACAGGGCAGCAGCUGUGCAUACUGCAAUACGUCAGCUUCGCAUUGAAGGUGCCACUUUACUCUAUAUUCAUAAACUCUGCCAUGUCUUCUUUACCAGCCUUCUUGAAACUGCAAGAGAAUUUGAGAUAGAUUUUGCAGGCACUGACAGCGGCUGCUACUCUGCCUUUGUGGUCUGGGCAAGAUCAGCCAUGGGCAUGUUCGUGGAUGCUUUUAGCAAGCAGGUGUUUGACAGUAAGGAGAGCCUUUCUACAGCAGCCGAGUGUGUAAAAGUAGCUAAGGAGCACUGCCAGCAACUGGGUGAUAUCGGACUAGACCUCACCUUCAUCAUCCAUGCCCUUCUGGUGAAAGACAUCCAAGGGGCCUUGCACAGUUACAAAGAAAUCAUCAUUGAAGCCACUAAGCACCGCAACUCUGAAGAGAUGUGGAGGAGGAUGAACUUGAUGACUCCGGAAGCCCUAGGUAAGCUCAAAGAAGAGAUGAAAAGUUGUGGGGUAAGUAACUUUGAGCAGUACACAGGGGAUGACUGCUGGGUGAACCUAAGUUACACAGUGGUUGCUUUCACCAAACAGACCAUGGGCUUCUUGGAAGAGGCACUGAAGCUGUAUUUCCCAGAGCUGCACAUGGUACUUUUGGAGAGCCUGGUGGAAAUCAUUUUGGUUGCUGUCCAGCAUGUGGAUUAUAGUCUUCGGUGUGAGCAGGAUCCAGAGAAGAAGGCUUUUAUCAGACAGAAUGCAUCCUUUCUGUAUGAAACAGUCCUCCCUGUGGUGGAGAAAAGGUUUGAAGAAGGUGUGGGGAAACCUGCAAAGCAACUCCAAGACCUGAGGAAUGCAUCUAGACUUAUCCGUGUGAAUCCCGAAAGUACAACGUCAGUGGUCUGAUUGUUUAGGUCUGUUUAUAUGUGUACAUAUAUAUUGCUUAUAUAUUAUUUAUAUUUAUAUUAAGUUGCAUUAGCAUAUUCUUUAUAGUCUCAAACACAGCUUAAAAAUAAACAGUGCCCUCUUAGAAAUGCAAAAUCAAAAAGACAAAAAAUUUUUAAAUUAAGGCCAAAUAACAAAAAAUAUUGGAAUUAUUAAAACCUAUAGUAUGCUAUCCUUUUAAAUUAUGCUAAUUCUCUACUGAAUGUAUGCUCACACUAUAGUAUUUCAGUUUUAUCCUUUGAGUCAAAAUACAUUUUCUCACAUUAUAUAUUAUGUGACACAGAGUCAUAACAUCUAUAAAUACAUAAUAUGAGUAUGUUGUGAAGUUUCCCAGUUCGCUAAAAUGUUAACAUUUCUUAAAGUGCCAUGUAAAACACCCUGCCUCAUAUAUUUUCCCCCUCCUUAAAAUGUAAUUGAACAAUUUGGGAAAAGAAAGGAGUUGGGAACAUUGGUUUUAGGGUAAAUUUUUGUCAAAAGAAUUAUUUCUUGAAACUAGCUAGUGUAUGGACUCUUCCAUCCUUAUGUAAUACAAGUGGAAGCUUUCAGAAAAAAUAAUUCAGCAAAUAUUUCCAACAUAAUUUGAAUGGCUAAUUUUUAGUUGUUAAUUAGCAGCUUCAUAAUAUUUGAUUUGGGAGCAUUUACUUGCAAAUCUUAAGGACUGUGACACAAUUUUUUUCAACAUAUUCUAGAAUUGUGUGAGUUCCCAGCUGGAACUUGGGUCGUUGUCAUAUUUAAAAAAUAAAGAUAAUAAUAAAAAACAGAAUACAGUGAGGAACCUGGCUACGGCUGCCAAGUUUUAGCUGCCCUCUCACAGCCUCCCAGCCCCUCCAGCGUAUGUUGCAUAGUGGCUCAGGCUUCAUCAAAUGGAAAAAAAGGUUUUCAUUCAAGUAGUUAUUUAGACUUCAGGGUCUGGGUGGAUGGGAAAUUAGAAAAAAUCAUAUGUACCUAGUGUUCUCAAGUAAGACUACUCUGAGGAGAGAUUUGGUUUUUUUGUAACAAAGUGAAGAACAGAGGUAGGACAAAUGUGCUCAAAGCAGAGGGAAGACAGAACCUUCUCUGACUCCUAGAAUGCCUAUGCUGCAUUUCUCGUUUGAUUUUUAAAAGUGAAUAUAAUACUUCCGAUUGUUUAGUAAAACAGAAAUAGCUAAAGAAAUGUGAGCUUCCUAAGGUUUCUAAACUAUUGCUUCUAUUGUAUAUUUAUUAUAUAACCUUCCUCAUACUUUGAGAGAAAUUGUGCUUGCUAGGAUAUGUUUUUUCCCUAGCUUCUAGUUGGGAUUCUUGUUCAUAAGUGCCAUUGUUGAUGCCAGUGAUUUCAAAAGGUCAUUUCUUUUACCUGAAUAAGAAUGGUGAUAGUAAGACAAAAAAUUAUGUGAAACCUAAAAUAGAUUCCAAAUAGUGGCUCAGGGUUGUAAAACUCCUUGAAUUACUCAUGUGCCAGAACAGCCCUUUUGUUUUCUUUUUAGCUAUGCAUAUUUAAAAGGUUAAAAAUUAUCAGUUACAGAUUUCCUUUGACUAAUUUUUUUCACAUAACUUUAAGGAUUUUCUAGAUAACUGUAACUGGAUAUCUCAGCUGAGCAAAGACAGUUGUAAUUUGUCUUUUUUAAGAUUACUGAAAACUUGAAUUUGAUCAAAUUUUGUGAUUGUUAUUAUUUUGUGCCAUUUACAGGUUCCAAUAUUAUAUUGUACACCACACGUAUUGUGUAAAUAUAUGAUGCUGGAUCCAUGAAAUGAUACUUCUGAAAUCAAAAUUUCUCUUAAGGCAUGAAGUUGUAAAAACUUAAAUGUGUAUACUCAGAUAUUUAAAUGGUUGCUUCUUCAUGAAACUGCUUUGUAAACUGGAAGUAUAGAAUUUUCUUUUGUUAAAAUUUGUGUGUUCCUUCACAGUUGUAGCUGAAAGAAGUAUGGUUUUGGUGAAUCAAUUAGUGUGGGAAGUGGAUUAAAGACCAUCAGUGUUGUAAUGUCUUUGUGCCUAGGCAGAACGAUUAUGUUGCAUUCCUCAAAGUGGAGUGAAAGCUCUUCUAAUUUUUUGGUUUCUAUUAGACUCCAAAACAAGUUCUAAAAAUUGAAUGCAGUUAGAGAUUGUCCAGAAAUAUAGUACAUACAGAAAUAUACCACUUAAGUGUUGAUUAUCUUUCCUUGUUUGCUUCAAGCAUAACACUGUCACUGGAGCUUGGAAUUGCAGACUUGAUUGAAUUAGUUACUGUUGGGGAAAAAAGUCACUCUGUGGAAUUAGAUCUCUUUUUGAUUAAAGCCUUAUUUCACUUAAGUGCUAAAAACUCACUAAUUUUUGUUCAAAUACUACCUAUAGUUCAAUUAUUGGCACUUGCAUUUUACAACUUGAUAUCUUACCUAGGAUUGGGAAUUUGGGACUUGACAUGUAGUAUAAAAUCAGUAUAUGUACAUUUUGCUUAUUGACAAUGCUGUGUUAUGAGGGAAUCUGAAAUAUUUUGUAAAAAUAAAGCUUAAAAACUUACACUGGA